GUCAGUGCAGUGACGUUUAGUUUACAAAAGUUUCAUGUUUCGUGUGUUUUUUGCGCGUGAAAUAGUUUUAUUUUCUUUCAUUUUAUAACUUAGAAAGUAUGAGUUUACAGCUAAUAUCCAGACUAUGUCGACGUUCAUCAUAAAUACCCCCUUCACUCGUGUUUGAGCACAGAAUUUUGUGCCGAAAAUUCAGUGGUUUCUAAAAUAGGUUAGGCGGUGCGGUGUCCUAUUACAAUAAUGACUUUUCCUGAUGAAAGUAAUGGGUUUGUGCACUACGAGAGUGUGAAGGGCCGUGGAGAUGGAGGCUCGUACUCCGUGCGACAGGCCUUCGUGGAGGGUGGCAUCCGAGGCGGCGCAUCCCGCGCUCUCUCGCUCACAUAUCGAACGCUCAGCCGGCGCAAGGCAGCCGAGGAGGGCGUCGGGCGCCUGGCCCGGGUGCUCUCUGCACUGGACCUGACCGCCCUCGGUGUAGGCAGCACCCUCGGAGUGGGAGUGUAUGUGCUGGCUGGAGACGUGGCAAAGAACUAUGCGGGCCCGGCAGUGAUAUUGUCGUUUUUGCUGGCUGCGGUCGCUAGUGUUAUGGCUGGUCUGUGCUACGCGGAGUUCGGCGCGCGCGUCCCGAAGGCGGGCUCGGCGUACGUGUACAGCUACGUGUGCGUCGGCGAGUUCAUCGCCUUCAUCAUCGGCUGGAACCUCAUACUGGAGUAUAUCAUAGGCUCAGCAAGCGUCACCAAAGCCCUGAGCGAGUACCUAGACUCGCUACUAGACAAGGCGAUAUCCGGCCCGCUCCGCGCCGCGCUGCCGCUGCACUCGCCGCACCUCGCCGCCUACCCCGACGUCUUCGCCUUCGCCGUCAUCAUGGCCUUCUCCGUGGCGCUGGCGUUCGGCGUGAAGGAGUCGACGCGGUUCAACAACUUCUGCACCGGCGUCAACCUGUGCGUCGUGCUCUUCGUCAUCAUCUCCGGCUGCUUCAAGGCGGACACAAAGAACUGGCGUAUCCCUGCCUCAGAAGUUCCUCAAGGUGGACCGAAGAGCUUCGGCUCGGGCGGGUUCGCGCCCUACGGCGUCGCCGGCAUCAUCAAGGGGGCCGCCGUCUGCUUCUACGGGUUUAUUGGCUUCGACUGCGUAGCCACCGCCGGUGAAGAAGCGCGGCGCCCUCAGAAGAGCAUCCCCUUCGCGGUGGUGACCUCCCUGCUCGUGGUGUUCCUCGCCUACUGCGGAGUGUCGUGUGUGUUGACCCUCGUCAUGCCCUACUACAUGCAGGACGAGAAGGCUCCGUUCCCCUACGUGUACGACCAGCUGGGCUGGCCCUGGGCCAAGUACGCCGUCAGCGUGGGAGCAAUCUGCGCGCUGUGCUCUAGCCUCCUAGGCGCGGUAUUCCCUCUGCCCCGCAUCAUCUACGCCAUGUCUUCAGACGGGCUACUGUACCAGUGCAUGGGACGCGUGUCGGAGCGGUUUCAGACGCCGAUAGUGGGGACCAUGGUGGCUGGGCUGUUUACUGGUACUCUGGCGAUGGUGUUUGAGCUGGAACAGCUGAUCCACAUGAUGUCUAUCGGCACUCUGCUCGCCUACUCUAUGGUCGCCUCUUGCGUGCUCUUGCUCAGAUACGAACGCACGCAAUCCACGCACGGGCCGCGCGAGCAGCUGAACCUCUCCUUCAGGUCUGCGCUGAGGCAACUGUUCAAUCUGGACAACCACAAGGCGCCGACUCGUCUGAGCUCGUUCCUUGUCACUGUGCUUGUCACGCUUUAUGGAGCCUGGUGCCUCCUACUAAUGUACAACGUGAACGCUCACGGCGUGGACAUCACGACACUACCCAGCUCGGUGACCGCCGUGCUGGUCGUGGGAUCCGUGCUGGUGCUGCUGACGCUGGUGGCUAUAGCCAGGCAACCCGUGUCCGAGAAGAAACUCGCUUUCUCUGUGCCAUUCGUGCCGUGGUUGCCCGGCCUGAGCAUCCUCAUUAACGUGUACCUCAUGCUGAACCUCGACUACAUGACCUGGGUUCGAUUCGGGGUCUGGAUCGCUGCCGGUCUCCUAAUCUACAUAACCUACGGCGCAUGGCACAGCUCCGAGCGACGUCGGAACGCCGAUUCUCUUCAACUAGCCGACUUACACAACGACAGUCAAACAGCCUUGCUGCAACACAACAUAGCACAGACGCUCGGCUGACAGGAGAGAGACAGACGUAGCGCGAGGGAGAGAGAUAGCAACAGCUUCGGAGAUAAAGGUACUAAGAGGAGGGAAAGAGAUAGGAGUGAAAAUGGCGCGGCGGUAUUGACCAAUGGGAAGGAAGAUAAGGAUAAAAGUUUGUUUGUGAUUGGAGAGGAAUGUGUGAGUCCUAGUAGUACUGUUGUAUCGUUUAUUUCAAGUAUUUAGUAGGUACCUACUUUGAUAAACAAUAACCGAACUUGUUUAUCACAGAUUUAGUAAGUAUAAGAUUUUCGGCUGUGUUUUUUUGGUUGUUUUAAAAGAGUAGGUUUGGUUGAUAUUUAUGUUAAGUUAUUGUAUUUAUAUUGAUAUGUAUGAUUGACAUGCAUUUUGUUUAAGUUGUUGUCAUAAUUUAACUUUAGGUAUUUGACGAAGUGUCGGUAAAAAGUUACUUAGUAUUAAUAUACAACAUUAGGCGUGGUUUUUGAAACAGUUUAGACGCAGUUUUUAAGCAUCCAUGAUGGUAAUUGUACUUAAUAUACCUUUUCAUUGCAGUACAGUAUUACAAAAAAAACAGUAUACAAAACAAGUGAACUAAAUCAAUCGACAAUAAAUCCAUAUGUUUGUGUAUAAGUGAAUAUGUAUCAUAAAAUAUAUCUAAUUUUUUAUAGUUAUUAGAUAAAUAUGUUUAUAAAUAUUAUUCAGUAUUUAGAUUAGUCCACCGCUGUGAAACAGCUACGUAAGUUUUACUGAAAAUAACGCAUUGCAUUUGGCUCCUUGAGGCUGACUCUUAUAUCCAAAGACAUAGAGUAUUGUUUUGAGCGCUGCCACUUUUUUUUAAUAAAAAUAACCCUAGGCUUUAUAAAGGUGAAUCUCGAGCCAUUGGUAAAAUAUGUUUUAAUAAACCGAACCAUGUAUUUAUUCCAAUCAAUAUUUAAAGUGUAUACUUAUGGUACUUAUUUAUUAAUUUAGAAACUAUUUUUAGAUCUGGAAAUUAUUUAAAAAUCAUGUUGCCUGGUUAUUUAUUUAGAUUUAGUGUUUUAUGAUCUAGUGGUUUAUGCCUUAGGGAU